UUUCUCAUCCCCCCAACAGAUGUUGAGAGUUUAAUGAGCUUCCUCCUUUGCACCCUUCACUCCGUAACAUUUGUUAACAGCUAUGUGAGAAAUUUAAAACAAUGACCUCCUACUGUGAUGUUAUCAGCUCAUGCCUGGUAUAUUAACUAAGCUCACUUGUAUCUGGCAGACUCUCGCAGACAAACUCCUUUGACUGUGUGACUCUCAUUGCCGGCCGGCUCUUAAUAAAACUACUUUGUUCGAUUCUCACUUAGUGUGUGAUCUUUGAUAACUAAAGAUUUCCACAACAAUUCUUGGCGUCACGAACAGGAUAUCUUGAGUGACUGACCGGAGGACCAGAACCCGUGAUUGAUCAUCCUGAAGGAUACUUCAGCCCCUGGGUCAGCCUUAACCAUCAGGGGACGGCGGAGGAACUCCGUUCAGACACCACUGAUAUCCAGAACGAAGUCUGCGUGUGGAGCAGCAUCCAGAAUCACACACGGAACGAUUACAGGCGCUGAAGGUGGAUCCAGAUCUGGACUCCUGUCCCCCGGUGUUACAACAGCCCCAGCAGCCUCAGCAGCGUCAUCCAGAGGACCGAUGGAGAGAUGAGACAUCGGGUCCCGCUGACUCCAACCAUGGCCAAGCUACAGGGGGAACCGAAAGACCGUCAGCAGACAUGACCAGCCCUUCACGUACCAAGUCCGGGAAGAUCUACGGACCGGAGGUGUCAGCAACCUCCCCUUUCUACAAAUUUGGACAGACUGCAAAGGGCCUAUUUUUGGGACAAAAUACUGCUGAAGAUGAAGACACUGAGGUUUUUAGUGCCCCCAUGGUGGAAGUAUCAGGACCCACCGGCCCCAUAUUGGUUUAUCGCCCUUGGUCCCCCUCUGAAAUCAUGGAACAUGCUAAAAAUCUUCCUGACCCCACUGAAGAUGGUGAGAAAGCUAGCGAGGAGUGGAGAGCUUUCUGCCGUGAACACCGCCCCACUGGACUUGAACUGAGAAAAAUUCUUGCUAAAAUGCUCACUGCUAGUGAUCUGGCUAAGAUCCGUCCCCACCUCCCUCCUGAUGACACCGGCCUGAAAAAUCCAAACUGGGACGAUGAGCCGAACCGACCUUACAGAGAAGCCAUCACCACACUCUGUGAUGGCAUAAAGACUGUGUUCCCUAAUCGAGGAAGCCUGGCUGCCCUGAGAAAUCUGAUACAGGGCCCAGAUGAGCGCAUGGAGACUUUUCUACACCGCUGUGAAACUGUUUUCACCAGACACUCUGGCUUGGAGCGCCCUGCAGGAGACCUGGGGAACACUCCAGGACCAUGGGAACGCCUUCUCUGUCAGACCAUCAUUGAAGGUAUGAACAGAGAUAUGUUGGAAGUGGUGAAGAGACAGUAUGUGGGGAUGAGACAUGAGACCAGACUGGCUAAGCUCCAACGUCAAGCAAAACACGCACAAGAUGUCAUGGAUGAAAACAAGAAAAAAGCUGAAUCCAAGAAAGAAAAACAGAUGUCAACAGCCUUGACUCUGUUCACCUCCCAAAAUCAGCCACAAUCCAAUAGGGAUAGGAGAGGCAGAGGAAGGGGCAGAGGAAGACGAGAGAGGGGCGGCAACCAACAACAGCGUGGGGCAUGUUAUCGCUGUGGCCAAUACGGACACUGGAAGGACGAGUGCCCUCGUGUUCAUGGGCCCACCCACAAACAGAGAAACCAGCAGGCUGACUGAGGGGCGGACCCGGGAGACAGGACUCCAGAGGAGCUUUUUUCUCCACCCACCACAGUUUUCGCUGCAGCAACUGUUGAGGGAAGUGAAAUGCACACACACACAUACACACACACAUACACUCAUUUAGCUGCUAUAGCUUAUAAACGUUUUCCUUUGUUUACAUUGUCUGUAAAUAAUCAACCAGUUUCUUUUAUGGUUGACAGUGGUGCAACUCACUCAGUUCUUAAGACAGGCACCCUAAA